UCCAGCACUAGCUAAUCUCACUGCAAAAAUACCAUUUCUGGUUAUAAAAGAAAAAUGGUCUGUAAGCUGUGGAAAGAGAAGAUGAGUGGAGAAGAAAAGGUGGUGUGUGUGAGUGGAGCUUCAGGCUACAUAGCUUCAUGGCUGGUUAAGUUCUUACUACAACAUGGUUACACUGUCAAAGCUUCUGUUCGUGAUCCAAAUGAUUUAAAGAAGACUAAACACUUGGUUGAACUAGACGGAGCUAAGGAAAGACUUUAUUUGUUCAAAGCAGAUUUAAUGGAAGAAGGCUCUUUUGAUUCUGCUAUCAAUGGAUGUGAUGGUGUUUUUCACACUGCUUCUCCUGUUUUUCAUUCAGCUACUGAUCCACAGGCUGAAAUAAUAGAGCCAGCUGUGAAGGGAACAUUGAAUGUUCUGAAGUCAUGUGCAAAAGCUCCAUCUGUAAAGAGAGUGAUUAUAACAUCUUCCAUGGCUGCAGUUUUAAUCAAUGGCAAACCUCUAAACCCUGAUGUAGUUGUUGAUGAGACUUGGUUUUCUGAUCCUGUUUUUUGUGAGAAUAUGAAGAUAUGGUAUGCAGCUUCAAAAGCUAGAGCAGAGAAAGCUGCUUGGGAAUUUGCAAAAGAGAAUGAGAUUGAUUUAAUCACCAUUCAUCCAGGAGUAACACUUGGUCCUCUCUUGCAGCCAACUAUGAAUGACAGUGUCAGUCUCAUUAUGAAUCUAACAAAUGGGCCUCAGAAAUUUCCCAAUAGAGUUUAUUCAUAUCAUGAUGUUAGAGAUGUAGCAAGAGCACAUAUUCAAGCAUUUGAAGUUGGUUCAGCUAGUGGAAGAUAUUUUCUAAGUGGAUAUAUUGCACACAUUUCUGAGCUUUUAAAGAUUUUACAACAGCUCUACCCUGCACUCACCAUUCCUCAGAGAUGUGAAAACGAUGAGGCUCUCAUGGAAAAGUACCGAGUAUCAGACUUGAGAGCUAAAAGUUUGGGAAUAUCACAAUGCAUACCAUUGGAAGUGAGUUUGAGAGACACUGUUGAAAGUCUCAAGGAAAAGGGUCUUUUUAGUAUCUAAUAAAGGGGCGGACGGAGGUUGGCUCGUUUGUUGCAGAGCUGUGUUGGCUACUUUUUGGGCAAUUUGGCUGGAGAGGAAUAGUAGGAUUUUUGAAGACGUUUCUUGUACAAUGGAUAGUCUUUGGGAUAAGAUCAAGUUUUAGGUUGCCACUUGGGUGUAUAGAUCGAAAGGUUUUGAGGAUGUCUUUCUUGGAUCUAUGUAGGGAGUGGAGUAGUUUGUGGUUGUAAUUGUUGUUGAAAAGUGUGAGUCAUUGGGUGUUUUAUUGAGUAUGUUUUGGUUUUUGUUUUUGUUGUUUUGUUACCCCGGUAUUUCUCUGCCAUAAGUGAGGAGCUCUGUCUCUUUUUCAAAAAAAAAUAAUAUAGGCCAUUUACAAUUAGCAUUUUCACUAUACAGUUGUGUCCUGGUUGGUUCUAAACCUUUAAUUAUGUGAUUUAAUGCUUAAAUUCAUAAAUCUUACUACCAUCCAUAUGUAGCAUUAUAAAUUAUUCAUUUCCAGCAUAAUUCUGGGAAAUUUAUUUGUUAUAGGUGUAACAAGUAUUGGUCAACAGUUUUACCAUAGGAAUAAAAAAUCAACAAGAUUUAGUUGAUCAUUUAGAUCCGUUUGAAACUUAUUAUUGGUUUUCAUUAUUA